AUGCGGUCGAAAAAUUUUCAUUUUGAGGUGAUAUUUAUUUGUUUGUUAUCUUUUAUUCCAUGGCCACCUCGUACAGUCAAAAUUCAGUGUUCACGCGACAGCACACGAAUUGUGCGUAAAAUCAUUCAAGCGAAAUUGACACCCAUAUUCCAAAAAUAUAACAUCGAAAUUCCAAUAGAGUGUCCUUUGCAUCCCAAAAGAGACUUAUUUCUCCCGCAAGAGAAUGCCAAAAUUAGACAUAGACCAACACAGUUUACCUGUAGCUUAUGUGGCAAGAGCUUCUAUGAGGAAAAAUAUCUCGAUUUGCACUUUGAUAAUCGCCAUAAAGGACAUGUGAAUGAGGCCGAAGAUGCAAUUUGUUUAGCCGAUUAUUGUGAUAUUUUAAGGUGUGACGUAUUGGUAACGAAAGAUUCAUCGAUUGGAAGUAUUGCUAGUAAUUCAGCAUCGACAGAUAUAGAGCUUUAUAAUGAGGCAACAGCAUUAGCUGCGGCACGACGAGAAGUUGUCAAAUCACAUAUGAGUAGUAAUUCAUUCAGACUUCCACAAAAUCUUAAAGAGAAAUUAAAUGAUCUCUUAGCAGCUACGGGACAUAAAAUUGAAAUUCCACAAGUUAAGGAGAAGAUCCAUAAAAGGCGUAGAAAUUUGUGCACUGGAAAUGUGAAAAAGUCAAAAGGUGAUGGAAAUGACAAGCUCACGGAUAAAACCAAUAAUACAGAAAAAGACAACUCAAACACCACAUGCGAGUCAUCGAGCAAGUUCGGUCGAUUAUCUAACUUACAGAAACUGAAAGCUAAUUGUAAAAAUGAUGAAAUUCAUAAGCUUAAGACACGAUGUGAGCAGCUUAUAAGAACUUGCAUUACCGGAGCCUUAGUUAAAUUAUCAACUGAAGAUUUCAAGAACAUGGAAAAUGAAAUGAAUAAAGCGGUUUGCUGGUACUUGACAUGUGAUCGCUAUUGGGAAGACACAACAUCACGACCCUUUCCAUUCGCAUUAGUUUUCAUUCUCGUAGUAGUAUUAUCACUUGGAAUCUGUCUUUGUUACUACAUUAUUUGGAUUUUAUUUGAUACUGAUGAAAGUACAUCCUAUAAUUUAUUAACAACACAUUCAAAUUAUCAACAGCCAUUACAAUCAUCAAUGCACGGCAGUAACUUAAUCACAUCAUCUUUAUCUAUGCCGCACGACAUUAGCAGUACUAUUUAUCCUCCUUCGACAAGCAUAGUUCAGUCUCAAUCAUCACAGCCUAUAGAGCAGAUUACAUAUUCGGAUGAAUUUUCAGCGCCUCUCGUCGAACACGAGCAAUAUAUUUAUGUUCAAACUUAUCAGCAUCAAUCAGGAGAUUUGAAGAAGCGAUUAUCUGACAGUUUUUACAAUCGAACGUCAAGAAUAUAA